AUGAAGCUCUUCGUGUCUUUACUUACCACGUCUUCUCUUGUCUGUGCAUGGCUCUAUCGAUCCCGCAAGCAUCGUAUACAGUAUGAAAAGUAUAAACAUAUUAUUUCUAUUGAUGUUAAUGGUGAGGCCAAUUGUGCUAUGAUUGCAUCGACUGUGGAGCAAGUUAUGGACCAAACAAUCGAGUUCCUAAGGGUUACAAACCUUAUACAGAAGCUUGUGGGUAUAGGCUUUAGUACCUUUGCUAUGAAUAUGCUUGGGAUUGAUUCAAUUGGAAAUGUUGUUACACCAGUGUACACGUAUGCUGAGAGGAGGAAGACAACGGCCUAUUGGGCAAAGGAAUUGAAGCAGAAACUCGAAGCUCGUGGAGAACUAGAUCAGACGCAUAAUCGUACUGGAACGGUGAUACACCCGGCAUACGCACCCGCCACAUUCUUACGUCUUCAUGAAGAAGAGCCAAAUCUAGUGAAGCGUGUUGCCAAAUGGCAAAGCUUAUCAGGCUAUUUGAUUGGCAAGUGGACAACCGCGGCGCAAGAUGGCUACCUUCCCAUCAGCUCUUCGGAGGCCUCGUGGAUGGGACUACUUGAUUUCAGACGUCAUCAAUGGGACUCGCGUCUACUUGAGCUUGUUGGGAUGGAUAGUAGUAAGAUGCCACCAGUUGCAGACUCUUCCGUGCCUUUUGCUGGACUAAAUGCGACGUUUUCAAAACGAUGGCCGGAGCUGAACAAUGUACCGUUCUUCUUGGGUGUCUCCGAUGGUGCUGCAGCCAACAUUGGUUCCAAGUGCAUCGACGAAUCGAGGAUUGCUGUGACCGUAGGCACCAGCGCCGCGCUUCGUGUUGUGCUGCAAGCGGACACAAUGACGACAGCAAAAGUGCCAAAGGGUUUGUGGUGCUACCGUAUUGGAAAAGACCAUGUUCUUCUAGGUGGAGCUCUCAGUGAUGGCGGAUCGGUGUACAAGUUCUUCCGUGAGUCGCUUCGUCUCACUGAUGAUGAUCUAACGUUUUUGCUCGAUAAAGUUGCUCCGAUGCAGCACGGUCUCAUCGUUUUACCAUUUUUGAGUGGUGAACGUUCACCAGGCUGGCUGGAAAAUGCGACUUGCACCAUUAGUGGUAUCAACAAGUGGACAACACCAAUCGAGUUGUUGCGUGCUGGCAUGGAGUCAAUCGCUCUUCGCAUUGGCGUGCUAUUUUCUCUCCUUGCAUUUUCUGCUGAUUACAAUGCAACAGUUAUCGUAAGUGGGACUGCGCUUACGUCGUCCCGAGUCUGGCGUCAGAUGAUUGCCGAUUGUCUGGGAAAGAAUCUGAUCUUUGAAGCAAGCGCCAUAGAAACUACUUCGCGCGGUCUUGCGGUGCUUAUCGGGACUUAUUUAGACCUUCAUUGUCUCCAGGCGUCUGGGUCGUUUCCCGAGGGGACCACGCAUCUGGAGUACACGCAUCCCGAUCCAGCAGCACAUGCGGUGUACCUUAAGGUGUUGCUGCAGAAUCAAGGGCAAUAG